UCGGCAGGCUCAGCGCUCGCAGCCAGCCUUGCCGGGGGCUCUCCUGAUCUCCGUGGAGCUCCGCAGCGCUCGCCCCGGUGGUUUUGCUCCCCCCCAUCCCUCCUCUCCACCCACCCCUUCCCCCUUUUCGCCUUGUCGGGUGUGUUUUUUGCCUGUUGGAAAAGUCCCCGCUGCCCAGGAUGGGGGUCGGUGGGUGCUUGGCCCUGCCCUGGAGGUGCCUGGUCGUCCUCUGUCUCAGGCUGCUCUUCCUUGUGCCCGCAGGAGUGCCCGUGCGCAGCGGAGAUGCCACCUUCCCCAAAGCCAUGGACAACGUGACAGUGCGGCAAGGGGAGAGCGCCACGCUCAGGUGCUCCGUGGACAACCGGGUGACCCGGGUGGCCUGGCUGAACCGCAGCAGCAUCCUCUAUGCCGGCAAUGACAAGUGGUGCUUGGACCCUCGGGUGGUGCUCCUGGCCAACACCAAAACCCAGUACAGCAUCCAGAUCCAGGAUGUGGAUGUGUACGAUGAGGGCCCCUACACCUGCUCCGUGCAGACAGACAAUCACCCCAAGACAUCACGCGUCCAUCUCAUCGUGCAAGUGUCUCCAAAAAUCACCGAGAUCUCUUCUGACAUCUCCAUCAAUGAGGGCGGCAACGUCAGCCUCACCUGCAUAGCCACGGGCAGGCCAGACCCAACAAUCACCUGGAGACACAUCUCACCCAAAGCCGUGGGCUUCAUCAGUGAGGAUGAGUACCUGGAGAUCACGGGAAUCACGCGGGAGCAGUCGGGAGAGUACGAGUGCAGCGCCUCCAACGAUGUCUCAGCGCCCGUCGUCCAGCGAGUCAAAGUCACCGUCAACUACCCUCCGUACAUCUCGGAUGCGAAGAGCACCGGGGUGCCAGUGGGGCAGAAGGGCAUCCUGCUGUGCGAGGCCUCCGCCGUCCCCUCCGCCGACUUCCAGUGGUACAAAGAUGACAAGCGACUGGCUGAAGGACAGAAAGGGCUGAAAGUGGAGAACAAAGCCUUCUUCUCCAGACUGACCUUCUUCAACGUCUCCGAGCAGGACUACGGCAACUACACCUGCGUAGCCUCCAACCAGCUAGGGAACACCAAUGCCAGCAUGAUCCUCUACGAAGAGACAACUACUGCUCUGACACCCUGGAAAGGCCCUGGUGCAGUGCACGACGGGAACAACGGCGCGUGGCGGCGAAGCGGCUGCGCGUGGCUGCUGCUCCUCCCGCUCGCCCACCUCGCCCGCCUGUUUUGACCCCAGAGCCGGCCCGCGGAGUAGCGGCAGCGACGACCACGGCCAGCCAGCGCGAGCAGAAAGGAGAGGAAGAAAAGAAGAAGAAGAAGAAGUGUUCACCGUUUCCGAAAAUAAUCAUAAGAAUUGAGAGAGUAUCCGGCCAGGCCACCUGGGGGAGGGGGAGAGAGGAAAAACACGCAAAAAAAAUAACCCACAACGGGAAUUUGGAAUGGAGAGAAAAGGGAAAAAAUUAAUAAUCCAAGGCUUCCUGCUGAAGAUGCAAUGCGACUGAGUCUUUUUCUUUUCACCCUAUUUUUUUCUUUUUUGUCCCCUACCACUUUUUUCCCCUGUUUUCGUUGUUCUCUGCCACGGGCCAGCGUGGAGGAUGGACAGGGCCAUCGGAGUGUGGCACUUGUCCCCUGCCCUGUCCUCUUCACUGCCGCCACCCGCCUGCUCCCUCCCGUGGGACCCUCCAUCCAGACACACGGGUUUUCUCCUUUGCCAAGAUUUCCCCGUCUUCUCAUGGACUGUGCCGCCAUUUGUGUUUCAGAAUAUAUAUACAUAUAUAUAUAUAUAUCUCCAUGUAUACAUAUAUAUAUGUAUAGAUAUAUAGAUCUUCAACAGUUACCACACCACCACGAAAGGAAA